UUUAACAUGGAUAUAUUACCAGUAUUAAAAGAAUUAUUUUAUGCCGAAAAUAUGAAAUUUUUCGACGUAAAAAUUGAUGAAACAUCCAAGAAAUCAUUUCACAUGGGUUCAAAUUUGUUGUUUGCUAAAGUCAGUAUUAUUGAUGAACAUGAAAAUGCACAAGAAAUCCCAUUAGCAGUAAAAGUUGGAAAAACUAAACAAGAUUCCAAUAUGGCUUCUAAAGGAUAUCGCGAGUCAGUAUUUUUCAGAGAAAUUGUACCUAUUUUUAACAAAUUGCAAGCCGAUUUGAAGACCAAAAACAUAUUUAACAAGAUGCCAAAGUGUUAUAAAACUUUAAUCAAAGAUGGAUAUGAAAUAAUUAUUUUGGAAAAUGUUUCUGUAUCUGGUUGGGGCGCACUUGAUCUAUCUGAAUUUAUAAAUGCCGAAGGUCAGGAGGUCAUUGCAAAAACCACAGCUCAAUAUCAUGCUCUUUCUUUGGCUCUCAGACAUCUAGAUAAAGAAACAUUUGAAAAACACACUAAAGAUUUUGAUAUGGUCAACAGAGAAUUUGUAGCAGGUAUGAUCGAUAUAUUCCAAGACACAUUGUGCAAAAUUGAAAAUAUUCUAGAAGAAUCUAACAAGCAAGAAACGUUAUUGAAAUUUAGGAAAUUAUUAAAAACCGUUGAUGGACAAACUAUGCUGAAGAUUAUUGAUGAUAAGCCUAAAGAAGUUGUCGUUGUCCACGGGGAUCUUCAAAGGUUUAACUUUAUGUAUAAAUUUAAGGAUAAAAGUUGUGGAUCUAUAGCAGAUGCAAUGCUUAUUGAUUUCCAAGUUGCCGGAAUACAUUCACCUGCUAUAGAUUUAACCUAUUACUUUUUCACCAGCGUACACCUACCGUCGUACAAAGCAUCAGACUUCUUAGAAUCUUAUCACAAACACCUUACAACAUCUUUAAAAGAAUUAAGUUGUGACGUAAAUAAACUUUUUCCGUACUCAACACUAAUAGAACACUGGAACAAGUAUGCGUUCUAUGGUUUUUGCUUUGCAAUCGCAUUUAUGAAACUGGGCUUUUCUGAAGGCGCCCUUAAACAACCGUCUAAUGAUACGAUAGAGACUGUUGCAGAGCCUGAGGAUAUCGGAAAGAACAUAAGGGAUACAAUCGCCAACGCAAAAGUUACCAAUAAUGAAUUGUAUAAUCAUACGUUAUUAAAUUUAACUGAAAAAUAUCUGGAGAGUACAAAUAUUCAAUAAUGUAAUUUUUAGCUAUGUAUUAUAAAAAAUAGUUCAGUAGAUUUUUAAUAUAAUUUACAAUGUAUAAAGUAAAUAUUUACACUUG